GCAUAUGAUAAUGUGGGGCAUGUCACCGUGAGAGCCUGGGCGCAGCAGCCAGCUUUUCAUUUGGAACGUUUGAACAAAGUGAGAAGUUUGCUUGGGAGGGCUAGAAGCUCUUUGUCUUUUCUUGGGUUGCCGAGGCUGUUCGUGCAGACGAAUGCUUCGAGCCUCCUGAGCUGGGGCGAAGAUGAUGGCGACUGACAAUUUCGAAGCGACAAAGAUCAUUGGGAAAGGGUCGUUUGGUGACGUCUAUCGGGGGGUGGAUAAGGCGACGGGGAAGGAUGUAGCAAUCAAGAUCAUUGACCUUGAAGAAGCGGAAGAUGAGGUUGACGACAUCCAGAAGGAGAUCAGCGUGCUGUCGCAGUGCCGCUCCCCCUAUGUCACCGAGUACUAUGGGGCCUACCUGCAGGGGACCAAGCUGUGGAUCGUCAUGGAGCUCAUGGCAUGCUCCGUUGCAGACAUGCUGGAGACGGGCCCGCCCCUGGACGAAGCCGCCAUUGCGUGCGUGCUUCGAGAUCUUCUCAAAGCUUUGGACUACCUCCAUGGCGAGGGGAAGAUACACAGGGACAUCAAGGCGGCCAACAUUCUGCUGACCAGUGAAGGCGAGGUCAAAGUGGCAGACUUUGGGGUGUCCGCUCAGCUGACAAGAACAGUGUCAAAACGGAAGACUUUCGUUGGGACUCCAUUCUGGAUGGCUCCCGAGGUGAUCCAGCACUCGGAGGGCUACAACGAGAAAGCGGACAUCUGGUCGCUCGGCAUCACUGCCAUCGAGAUGGCCAAGGGCGAGCCCCCCCUCGCCGACCUGCAUCCCAUGCGCGUCCUCUUCCUCAUCCCCAAGUCCCCCAGCCCGCAACUGGACGACCAUUUUUCACGUCCAUUCAAGGAAUUCGUCGCCCUCUGCCUCAAGAAGGACCCUGCCGAGCGGCCUACCGCCAAAGAGUUGUUGAAGCACCGCUUCAUCCGGAGCGCCAAGAGACCUGCCAAGCUGCUGGAGAAGAUCAGUGAGCACGUGAGUCAGCGCGAGGCGCAGGGGCUAGCAGCUGGCAGCCCCGUCCAAACGCGCAUCGCGCAGGCCACACUUCCCAGGCGGCCUGCUACCAAGGACGCGAGCUGGGACUUCGGCAGCCUGGUCCCGCCCCCCCGGGCGGCCGCGGCAUCCCCCGGGACAUCUCAACCGAGCACGCCCACUCUCGGCUUCGGGACGGGCACAGUGCGGGCCAGGCAGCCGCCCGUUGCCCCGGGGGGCUGGCAGGAAGAGGCGGGCACUCCUAGCGCCGGGCCCGGCGAGGGUCCGUAUCGGGAGGCGGGGAGUGGAGAGGAGCACUUGGAGCGAGCGCCGUCGUUCUCGGAUACGGUGGGGGGGAGCACGACAGAGGCAGGGGGGCCCACGGGGGGCUCCGUCUUCUCCGGCACCUGGGCCCGGCUGCGUGAGAGCGACGAUGACGGGGCUGCUGCGGACAGCAUCUCGGGCACGGUGGUGGUGCGGACGGGCGGACGGGAAACAACGGGGCGGGAAGCUCCCGAGGCGCUGGGCCCUGCUCGGUCACGGUCGCCGGCCCCUUUCUCGCGCUCCAUCUCCGAGCGGCCCCCUACGCCCCCCCUGGGGGACCUGCGCCGCGCCUCCUCGGACGCCCCCGGCCGGCAGCCCCCUCCGCUGCAACGCGAGGACAGCGCCACCAACCUCGCCGAGGCCAGCGCUGCCCUGGGGCGGCGCAAGCCAGGCCUGAGCUGGAAGGGCGACUCCGACGAGCGCGACCGUCGGUCGCCCUCCCCGGCAGCGUCUCCCCGCCCCUACGAGAACGGGGCCAGCGCUGCGCGCAGUCCCUCGCCUGCCAAGCCCGCCAAUCGGGGCCGGGGAUCGGCCCCGGGUUCAUCCAGCAGUCUGCUCAACCUGGUGCUGGUUCCUGCAAUCAGGGAGGCCGGGGAGGCGGUGAAGGGGGAUGCGGCGGCUCGACGGGCGGCCGCUGCGGUGAGCGAAGCGGUGGUCGACUUCGAGCGGGCGGCCCCCGGGGGCAGCCGGGCCUUGCUGCACAGCGUGCUGCACAAGGUGGCCAGGUCGGACGACCCCGCGGUGCGUGACUUGCGGACGCGGGCCUUCGAGGGCCUCCAUGUGGCGCCUGCUCCGCCGCUCGCCAAAGAAGACCUGGCCGGGCUGCCGGCCAUUGCAUCCUUCCUCCUCAGAAGGUGGCAAGCGCAAACGGCGGCAGAGUUUUCGUCCACACCGGUCCAAUAACGCAUGAUGAGAAGUGGACCUCGACAGGCAGCUGUCUUGGAUGCGAGCUUGAAGCAAGCUAGCUCAAGUCAGGCACUCUUUUCAGACCGACAUGCUCUUUUUCGCCAGCGAGUGGGUCAUGUGAUCACAAGCAGAAUUGACGGCCACUUAGAUGCCUCGUAGAGAACUUCCUGCGAGCUGGACGGCAACUGUCAAGCGUCCAUAUGAUUGUCCCAAACACAGGGCCACAACCGAGCUAAGAACUCGCUUGCAGGCCAUGUGAGAUUGUGCACAGUUGAUUCUGGAAUAGACAUGUUCAGGGUAUGCAGACAGUAUUCAGUCCGCCAUCCUCACGCAACAGAUGUCGGGAAAUGACGUCGUCCACCAAUUCGGAAUGACCAGAGC